AUGUUAAUCUCUACAGGCAAAAGCUCUAUGCAACUUCUCCAUGUUUUUCUCCUUGCGGUAUUACCGUACUUGAACAUUGCACUCUCCCCCUCGGGAUUUGGAGAUGCUGAAAUAAUCAGGUGCAUAGAGAGGGAAAGACAAGCUCUCCUUAAGUUUAAAGAAGCUUUUAUCGACUAUGAAGGUCGUCUCUCUUCUUGGGGGAGUACUAAAGACUGUUGCAAAUGGGAAGGGGUCCACUGCAGCAACCACAAUACUACUAGUCACGUAACCAUGCUUGAUCUUCCUGCAACGGAUGAUGAUUUUCCUUAUGGGCGUCUUACAGGUAAGAUAAGCCCUUCAUUGCUUGAAUUACACCAUUUGAGAAAGCCGCAUCCCAAAAUCAUUGGUUCCCUCCGCAGAUUACGAUACCUGAACCUUGCAAAUUGUGGUUUUUCUGGCCCAAUUCCUCAUCAGUUCAGCAACCUUUCCAACUUGAGGUAUCUUGAUCUUAGAUACAAUUUUAUGCUGAGUAGUGAAAACCUUGAGUGGCUUUCUCAUCUUUCUUUACUAAGUCACCUAGACCUUUCUAUGGUUUCACUCAGUAAAGCAACUGGUUGGGUUCAAUCUGUCAGUAAUCUCCCUCUCCUCAAAGAGUUGCACUUAUACCAAUGUUUCCCUCCUAAUAUCAUUCAUUCAUCCUCAUUCCAUUCUAAUUCUUCCUUGUCCCUAUCCUUUGUUGAUCUUUCUUUCAAUGAUCUGUCUUCUUCGAUAUACAAUUGGUUGUUCAACUUCAGUAGCAGCCUUGCUUAUCUUGACCUUGGAUAUAACGAGUUAAAAGGUUCGAUUCCAGAUGCCUUCGGAGACCUGAUUUCCCUCACAAACCUCAGUCUCCGUGGCAAUCAACUGGAAGGUGGCCUUCCGAAAUCCUUUGCAAAUUCAAGUCACUUGCAAUCUUUGGAUUUGUUAGGUAAUGAUUUAACAGAAGAGCUUCACGAGUUUCUCCAAAAGUUGUCUGGGGCAAAGAAUUCAUUAGAGAGUUUGGUUUUAGAUGACAACCGGCUUAAAGGUCCAUUGCCUGAUUUCACUAGAUUUUCUUUCUUAAGGCGAUUGCGACUUGAUAAUAAUCGAUUGAGUGGGUCAUUCCCAAAAAAAAUUGGAAACCUUCCGAGUCUUGUUUAUCUGGUUUUGUCAAGGAAUCAAAUUACAGGGUCAUUCCCCAAUCUUUUAGUGUUCCCAUCAUUGGAAAGAUUAUUUCUUGAAUACAAUCAGUUGAAUGGGACUAUAGACAGAAGUAUUGGACAGGUUCACAAGCUUGAGGUUCUCAGUUGCGCUUUCAACUUAUUGAAAGGCACAAUCUCUGAAGCCCACUUCUCAAAUCUCUCCAGUUUGUGGUAUUUGGACUUCUCUUAUAAUGCACUAACUUUUAAUGCCAGCUCUGAUUGGGUUCCCCCUUUCCAAAUUGAUAUUAUAAAGUUGUCGUCUUGCAAGUUGGGUCCUCGUUUCCCAAAGUCGCUUCGAACCAAAAACAAUUUUUCUCAGCUUGAUAUCUCUAGUAAUGGAAUCACAGGUAAUAUUCCUAGUUGGUUGUGGGAUCAAUCUCCGAGAUUGAACUAUUUAAAUCUCUCUCACAACCAGAUUAAUGGCUUGUUGCCUGAUCUAUAUCUGAGGUUUCAAGUCCCUCCAAGAAUAAGUUCGGAGGCUCACUCUCUUUCUUAUGCGCAAUUACUGGAGAGCAGCUCUACUAUCUUGACCUCUCAAAUAACCAACUAUCGGGAGAGCUUCCAUAUUGUUUGUCCCAAUUCAAACAACUAUCCAUCAUUAGUUUGGCAUACAAACAAUUUGUAUGGCGAAAUUCCUGUCUCUAUUGGCUUGCUAAGUGAAGUUCAAGUAUUGAACUUGCGCAAUAACAAUUUAUCCGGGGAAGUGCCAGCAUGGUUGGGGACACACCUGCCAAAAUUGGUUGUCCUUAUUCUUCGAUCCAAUGAGUUCAACAGAAGCAUACCUCAACAAUUAUGUGAUCUUAACCGCAUUCAAGUCUUGGACUUGUCCCAAAAUCAUUUAUCAGGAAAUAUACCACCGUGCUUUUCCAAAUUUACUUCUCUGGUGGAAAGUGAUGGGAGUGACUACGGUGGCAUAUAUGUUAAUAAGUCCGAUAUAUAUGUUGGUGGUGGGAGUGACCUUGACAUAAAUGUGGGUGGGACAUAUGUAGCUAACGCAUUCGUGCAAUGGAAAGUGCAAUGGAAAGGACAAGACCAUGAGUACGGCAAAAAUCUAGGACUACUAAAGAUCAUUGAUCUUUCUAGCAAUAUAUUAUCCGGAAAUAUUCCUGUACAAAUUGGGAGUCUUGCAGGGUUGCAUUCCUUGAACCUCUCGAGAAACAUUUUGACAGGAAAAAUCAUCCAAGAGAUCGGCCAGAUGAAAAUGUUGGAAUCUCUUGACUUGUCUGCAAACAAAUUUUCCGGUGAAAUUCCUAGAAGCCUAGCGCAUCUAAAUUUUUUGAGUGUUUUGAACCUGUCAAGUAACAACUUGUCUGGCGAAAUCCCAUUAAGCACACAACUCCAAAGCUUUAACGCUUCUGCAUAUUCUGGGAAUCAUAACCUUUGUGGACUUCCACUUCCCAACAAGUGCCUUGGAGAUACUCCAAUUACUCCCCAACCCAAAGAAGAUGAGGAUAGGUCCAUUACUCAAGGAUUUUAUAUUAGCAUGGGGCUUGGUUUCUUCUUCGGAUUUUGGGGAGUUUUUGGCACUAUACUUUGCAAUAGUCAGUCUCGACAUGCAUUUUUCAUGUUCCUAAACCACAUAACGGAUUGGAUCUAUGUCACCAUUACAUUGAACUGGGCUAGACUACAAAGGAGGCUUUAGAUCUUAUCAAUAAUAUUUGGUUGCGGCACCUUUUCAAGAAGAUUUCUAAAUUGGCUACUUUUUAUAGGAUCUCACCGGUUCUCCUGCAAGGUUGUUCAACGAGCCCAUGCAUGCUUUAGAAGCACAAGCCUUAGAUGAUUUUGUUGAUAGUCUUAGGGAUAGAAGAGUGGUCGCUACACGCACCACAGAUGGUUCUACUUAUCCUAGACUUGCUGUUUCCCUUUUUGUCUUUUUAUGUACGUAUGUUGUUACGGCCGAGCCUUGUCAUUUAUUUAAAUAGUUAUAUAGCCGUUAUUAAUUAGUGUUA